AUGGGUCUCGCUAUUGACUUUUCCGCUUCGUCGCUUGCUUCAUCAUCCUCCCAAGAGGUUGGUUACCUCGUUGGUCUGCGCGGUCUCUUCGUUCUACAGUCGUUUCUUUGGACCUUUCUGCAAGCAUUUGUUCCCGCCGUAGUCGAAGCUCCCCAAGAUACCAUAGCCCCUACGUACCAAGUCAUUCUACGCAAGACAGUCUCCGUUCUAUUCUGGAACAAAAGCCUUAUCUACUCCUUCUUCAUCCUCGUAUCUGCGCGCACGAUAUGCAUUCCCUUCCUUUGGAAUCCGACAAAAUCCACCCUGGCCAGCUCCGUCUUCCGCCGCGGCAUCCGCCUGUGGUUCCCAGCGGCAGUUGCGUUGGCGAUAACCACUCUCAUCUUCUCCCAGAUUGGUCUCACCCAUCUGGAGGACUUCAAACGAGGCACUGGUAAUGAAGCUAUAGAAGUGCCGUACAAGAUACCUAAGGCCCUGACAUACUUCAACUCCGUCUUCGGCCUCUUCUGGACGACGCGCAACUUCGCCACCCAAGCCGGGAACACUGCAUUCCCUGGGCAGCAGCUGUGGAUCGUGAACGCAAUCUUCCAGCAGAGCUACACCGUCUACAUGGCGAUGGUCAUUCUGCCUUACACCCGACCAGCCUGGCGUCUCCAGUCAUACGCAAUUAUAAUCGUCACUGCAUGGUGGGUGCAGAGCUGGGUCUGGUACUCCUUCACCGGACUCGCACUGGCCGAUGCUGUCACUAACAUGGCGUUUCGGGAGAAAGCCAAGCGGGGGAUAAAGAUUUGGAGGAGCAUCAGAUGUCCCGUCUGGGUACUGUACACCGUCCUGACUACUGCAGGGUUGGUCAUGCAAUAUCUAUGGACGGCAUGGAGACCGGCGUACCAUCAGAAGGAGCUGGUUGCGCAUACGGGAUUGUACAAUUCUGCAUCGCUAAACGAAGACUACGAUCCGAAGCAGCCGCUUGCGAGGGAUGACGAUUACCUUUUGCUGCUUGGAUUGUUUCUAUUCAUUGAGCAUUUCGAGGGACUCCGCUAUGUCCUUGCGAAUCGGCUCUUUAUAUACCUUGGCCGGAGAUCGCUGAGUUGGCUCCUCGUUCAAAGCAUCUUUAUCUACACCGCCGGCGUCAAGCUCUUUAUGCACCUCCGCUUCCAGAAAGAUUGGCCACUUGAGGGAUCAGCGGCAGUAUGCCUGGCCGUAUGCGUGCCGGCGACGGUUCUCCUGGCUGAAGUCUUCUACCGCGCCGUCGAACAUCCCUCGCAGGUCUUGGCGCGGGUCAUGUUUGACUGGAUUAGAGAAUGA